UCUUCUCUUCUCUAGUUCUCUUUUUUUCUUCUGUUUUUAUUUUCUUUCCGCUUUCGUUUAACCAAACCAAACGAACACUACGAUCAAGUGUCCCCAAUUUGUCAAUUCCUUCGUUCACUCCGCAACAUGCCUGUGAGAGUAGCAUUGGAAAACACUACAACCCCUUCUCACGUUUCAGGUGCAAAUUCAAGGCGUAGUUCAUUCCAAUCUUGUACUCUUCUAAGUGUUGGACAGGCCUUUUCUGGGACACAAAAUGUUUCAAGCCUACAAAAGGAUGAAGCAUGGAGGGUAAAUGUCCGUAUACAAGGAUGCGACCUGGAGCAUGGGUAUCUAUGUGGCACCAUGGAAGCUCUUAAUGUUCCUAUGGCAGACACGCCUGUAGUAACAUUCUGGGAAGGGGAGAUUGUCGAUACCAAGAAUUAUACUUUCUUCACUGGCAAAUGGGAGGCAGCACCAGAGGAUGAUAUAAGGCACUGGACUAAGUUUCCAUCUUUUUCCCCCCUAUUGGGUCAAGUAGAGGUAGAUGGUGGCAAGUCUGUGGACCUAAGCAACUAUCCUUACAUAUUCAUGAGAUGGAAGGAGCAGUACUUCGUGAAUGUUGGAACUGACUGUGGGUUAACUAUAGCUGGAUUUUACUAUGUUUGUUUCUCAUGCAGCGAUGGCUCUAUCAGCGGGUUCUAUUACGAUCCGAAUAGCAGCCCAUUUCAGAAGCUUGAGUUGAAAUCGACAAAUGAUGGAAGGUCGGGUUUCACUUUUUCAUCAUAUGAGCUACAAUAGAUUGUGUGACACAUAGCAUAUCAAAAUCCUUCAUUUUAUUGAUCCUUGAAGUGUGUUACAGUCUGUCAAGAACCUGAGAUUAUGCAAGAGCUCAAGACUAUUAGUGUUGUAUAAGAGUAAGAAAAGUGAAAGUUUGUUGUUACAAUCAGAUCAUGUCAAAGCUCUGUGAAUAUAGCUUUGUUAUAUACUAUAGAAAUCCCCCACUUUUAUCUUUUUAGGUUUAAUCCCUCCAGUUUUCAAGGAGAUGGGACCCUAGUAGUUCAGAGUUUAUACGAGAGAUAAAUAAAGUCUGACUAAGAAUUGUUUUAUGUAGGAUUUGAAUUUGAGUUCUUCUAAACAAUUCGUCUUUAACUAGAACGUAUUAACCAUUUGGUUAAUACCACAAUUUAUGUUACUACUUACCAAUGACUCCACGUUGAUUACAUUA